GACUUUGGAGUAAAUUCAGUAAGUGAUAUAGGUGUGAAGCAAUCGGCGCGCAUCAACGAGCCGAUCGUGUCGGUGAGCGCGGCGGACGGCGACCUGCGCGAGAACGGCAGCGUGCGCUACGCGCUGGCCGCCUCCCACCUCUACAAGCUGGGCGCGCGCCGCGCCAGCGGCAGCGUGCUGCCCUCGCCCUUCAACAUCACACAGGAUGGGGUCCUCAUGACGGCAGCGUUCAUGUCGGAGUACAGCCAGGACCGGUUCGUGCUGGACGUGAUCGCGGAGGAGGUGGCGCCGCCGCACCGCCGCGCCUCCGCCAAGGUCUAUGUGAGUACUGAUUUCUACUAAAUUCUACGACAACUUUA